AUGGAUUAUAUUAAUAAGGUUAAGAAUAAUCGUAUAAUUUAUGAAAAUAAAAAUUUAUCUAUGGAUUGUUCUUCUAUUUAUAGUAGAGGAUUUAAUAUAAAUGAAAGUUUAAGUGAAAUUGAAAAAAAAUAUUCAUUAGCAUUUGCUUUUAAUAUAUAUAAAAAUUAUGAGGUAAUUGAAUUAAAACUAUUAUCAAUUUAUUCACCUAAUAAUCAUUAUUGUUAUAUGAUUGAUUUAAAAAAUCCAAAAUUAUAUGAUGAAAUGAUUCAACUAGAGAAAUGUCUUCCAAAUGUUUAUGUUCCCAGAGUUCAAUAUGAUAUGAAAUCAAAUGGAGAAAAUGGAAGUUUAUCACAUUAUGAAUAUGAUAUGAGAAGAAACAUUUCGUUUAUAAUGGAUAAAAAUAUUGAAUUUGCCAAAGGUUUAGUUUCAACUGGUUUACCAAAAGAAGCUGUAGAAUAUCUGGUAAAUAAAUUAAAUAUAACAACAUUUUUAAAUCAAUUAAAUACAAAUUUAUAUGGUAAUGAUGAAUUAACAUGGCAAACAUUACUAACAAAUGAAAUUUUAAAUAUUCCUGGUUACAUUCCAUUAAAAUAUGCUUCCAAAUAUUUUCCUUCAAAUAAAUAUUUAACAAGAGAAGUAAUUUGGUAUCCUAGUUUAUGUAAAUCAAAUGACUAUUAUCAUUAUAUCUGUACAAGAGGUGUUGAAUCACUUAAAGAUAUUAUUAAUAGUAAAUCAUUUUUUAUAUAUCGAUUCAGAGAAGAAUUUGAUUAUGGUGCUAUACAAUGUCUUGGUGAAUAUCUUUAUAAUAAGACACAUUUUAGUGAAUAUAUAAGACCUGAUUUGUGGUAUUAUUAUAAUCUUCCACAAAGUAUUUAUAAAAGAUUAAGUUAUAUAGAUGAUAUGGAUUUUAUUAAAAAUUAUAACAUUUAG